GGGGAGGCACAAGGAGGUACAUCAGACCUGGCGGCAUCCCUUCGACCCUCCUUGACCCCUCGUGGCUUUAGACCUUAGAAGUCAAAUUUGCAAAGCCACAGAGUACUCGGGCCAAACCCCGGCCGCUCUUCCCCAGCCACUGUGGCCAGCUCAGGGCAGGGACCUGCGCCCUAAACAACUGCACCUUGCAGCAUCCCUGGGCAUCUGCCUCUUCCAAGUCCAUCCUGUUGUACAGUAUUUUACCACACCCGCGGCUUCUGUUUGCCUCUCUUCCCCAAAUCGCCAAAACUUCAGAACCCAACAGCACUUCCGAAAUACCUUACCCAUUUCAGUCCCUACUGCUCCUCGAGUGUCACGGGUCGCCUGCUACUAUGAGCUGCCCCAUUGACAAAAGGCGCCCCCUGAUCGCUUUCCUGCGCCGGCUGCGGGACCUCGGGCAACCCCCAAGGUCCGUGACAUCCAAGGCGCACGUGAAGCGUGCGCCAAAAGAGGUGCCCCUCUGCCCGCUGAUGACCGACGGUGAGACUCGGAACGUCACCUCCUUACCUGGACCCACCAACUGGCCACUGCUGGGCAGCCUACUGGAGAUUUUUUGGAAAGGUGGCCUGAAGAAACAGCACGACACACUGGCAGAGUACCACAAGAAGUAUGGCCAGAUUUUCCGGAUGAAGCUGGGCUCCUUCGACUCGGUGCAUCUGGGCUCGCCGAGCCUGCUGGAAGCUCUGUACCGCACAGAGAGCGCGCAUCCCCAGCGGCUAGAGAUCAAACCCUGGAAAGCCUAUCGGGACCAUCGCAACGAAGCCUACGGGCUGAUGAUCCUGGAAGGACAGGAGUGGCAGCGGGUCCGCAGCGCCUUCCAAAAGAAACUCAUGAAGCCCGUGGAAAUCAUGAAGCUGGACAAGAAAAUCAAUGAGGUCUUGGCUGAUUUUAUGGGGCAAAUCGAUGAGCUGCGUGAUGAGAGAGGCCGCAUCCAAGACUUGUACAGCGAGCUGAACAAAUGGUCCUUUGAAAGCAUCUGCCUUGUGUUAUAUGAGAAGAGAUUCGGGCUCCUUCAAAAGGACACAGAGGAAGAAGCCCUGACCUUCAUUGCGGCCAUCAAAACAAUGAUGAGCACAUUUGGGAAGAUGAUGGUGACCCCCGUGGAGCUGCACAAGCGCCUCAACACCAAAGUGUGGCAAGCGCACACGCUGGCCUGGGACACCAUUUUCAAAUCAGUCAAGCCCUGCAUCGACCACCGCCUAGAGAGAUAUUCCCAGCAGCCUGGUGCGGAUUUCCUUUGUGAUAUUUAUCAGCAAGAUCAUCUUUCCAAGAAAGAACUGUACGCUGCUGUCACGGAGCUCCAGCUGGCUGCAGUGGAGACGACCGCAAACAGCUUGAUGUGGAUUCUCUACAAUCUAUCCCGGAAUCCCCAAGUGCAACAGAGACUUCUCCGGGAAAUCCAGAGCGUGCUGCCUGACAACCAGACGCCACGGGCGGAAGAUGUGAGGAAUAUGCCCUAUUUAAAGGCCUGUCUAAAGGAGUCCAUGAGGCUUACCCCAAGUGUGCCAUUCACAACUCGGACCCUUGACAAGCCAACCGUUCUGGGUGAAUACACGCUACCCAAAGGAACAGUCUUAACACUAAAUACCCAAGUGCUGGGCUCUAGCGAAGACAAUUUUGAAGAUGCUGACAAGUUUAGACCCGAACGCUGGCUUGAAAAGGAGAAAAAGAUCAACCCCUUCGCUCAUCUCCCAUUUGGCGUCGGGAAGAGGAUGUGCAUCGGGCGCCGGCUGGCUGAGCUACAGCUCCACUUGGCUCUUUGCUGGAUAAUCCAAAAAUAUAACAUUGUGGCUACAGACAGUGAACCUGUGGAGAUGCUGCAUCUUGGCAUCCUGGUACCUAGCCGGGAGCUGCCCAUUGCGUUCUGUCCACGGUAGGCUGCUGAGAUUUUUUUUCACCCCCAAAUCAAGACCAGCAAUCUUCCCCCUUCUGCAAGAAAACUGCUUAUGGCUUCGGUAUUCCUAGACGGUGAACUUCAGGGACCAGAGCAUGGGACAACUGCGAAGACUGGCACCCAAAGCCUUCUGCGGAAUGAUUCUGAAAACGAUGUUUACAAAGCCCAUUACUCAGGGAAGCACAUGGCGGGGCGGGAAUGCCAGGCGCCGCCCACAACACUUUACCACGUGUUUACAAUAGCCAAUCAGAGCCCUCAAGAGCCUGAUGUCACUCCAUCUUCUGUGACAUCACCGGGAGGCUGCUGGUCAGCUACUCUAGUAAAGGUUACUAAGUGUUUCUAAUACAAAAGCCAAAGAGGCAGCUUUAAUUCCCAUUUACCCUUGAUGAAGACCUACUAUGGCUUCAUUGUCUGAGUGGAACUGACAAACCAUUUAUUAUACUCGGUUUUGUUCAAUAUUUGAGGAAACGCCAGUUGUAAACAGAGCUAAACAUUAGGUAAAGGCUCUCAUAAAGCUACUUUUCCUGUUUACAAGGGGAAACAUGGUUGGAAAUUAGAGACUGUCUGCUUUAAGAAGGUCUACAGAGAAGCCAGCUCCUUGCUUACGAAUGCCUCGUUGGUGCAGAGGACUCUGUCAUUUCUUCUUUCGUUGGUACCUUUCUCUGCGGCUUUAGAGUGUGCACAGUCGAAUCGACAGUUUCUCAGCUGUGUGUGUGUCCGCACAUGUGUGUGCCAGCACAUGCGUGUGAGUGGCUGUGGGCCCUGGGGUACUUUGCUUCAGUCAUGUUUUUCCAUAAAGGCAUAGGGUACCCAAUUUAGGGUCUGCAGUGCGGAGCUAUGUCCUGAAAUGUAGUCACAGCUUCGAGGGAUGCACCGCAAGUGUAAGAAGCUGACUUUCUGCGCCUUAAUUUCUUUAUUCAAAGUGAUGAUUGUAACAUAUGCUCACUCCCUAUGGAUGCAGUAUGUAUAGUGGGGCUUGAGCCCCCUGGGUAAGCACAAUUUCAUAAACGCAAAACACAGUUAUGACCUACUGACAACGUUUUUAAAAUGUUUACAUAUGGCUUGUGCAUUUUGAAACCAGCACUGUUUUCCUAUAGAUGUUUACUGAUUAUUUCUAUAUACUUGGUAAAGACUUCCCUUUUAGGUUAUGGUCUUAGAAUACUUCUGAAAUACCCAUUUACAUGUACAUUUGAAUGAAUCUGUUUGUAUGGCUGACACAGGCCUAUGCUUUGUCUUUUGUACAAAAUUAUUUUUAGAGUUGUAAAUCCAGAGGCCAAAGAUGUAGUUCUGUAGUAAGAGUUUUUGCUUGGUCCAUGUGGGGCCCUGAAUUUAAUCUCCAGUACUGCCAAAUAAUAAAAAAUAAAAUAAUUACACCUGU